AUGUAUGCUGUGACUAUUAGUGAUGAGGGUGACUGCUACCGGUGUUUCCUGCCCGACGCGGGCAUUGGUACUGCUGCGCUAGGUGCUAGUGAGGCUGCUGCUCUAGGUGCCAGCGCGUCUGCGCCCUCAGGUACUGGUGAGGCUGCGCUCUCAGGUACCGCGUCGGCUUCGGCCUCCCUCACCUUCACACUUGACUCGGGGGCUUCUCGCUCCUUCUUUCGAGACCGCACCACUCUCACGCCGCUUGGUCGGCCAGUUGCAGUCUCCCUGGCUGACCCCUCUAAGGGUCCUGUCCUCUCUCACUUCUCCACUGUCCUCCCGUGUCCGGCUGCCCCCUCUGGCACCUUGUGUGGUCUUUACCUCCCCUCGUUCUCGACAAACUUGGUGAGUGGUGCUGACCUGCAGGAUGCGGGGGUUCACCAGUUUACUCCUGCGAGUCAGCGGGUGACCCACUGCUCGGAUGCUCGCACAGGCCGGCACCUGGCCACGUUGACGCGUCGGCCGGGGUCGAGGCUCUACACCCCGACCACUGAGUCUCCUCCUGUCCCUGCGUCUAGUGAGGUAGCUGUGUCGGGUCAGGGCCUGGUCCUUCCUACGCUUCACAUGGACGUGUGCGGCCCAGCCCGCGUCAGUGGACAGGGUCACGAGCGCUACUUCCUACCGGUGGUUGACGACUACUCGCGUUACACCACAGUCUUCCCCUUGCGCAGCAAGGGCGAUGUCAUUGAGGUGUUGAUCGACUGGAUCCGCGGAGCUCCGACUUGUCUGCGGACAAGCUGUCCCCUCGUGCUGCUCCUUGUGUCUUCCUCGGCUUCCCCUGAUGCGCCAGGGUGGCAGUUCUACCACCCCUCCUCUCGUCGUGUUCUGUCCUCCCAGGACGUCACGUUCGACGAGUCGGUCCCCUACUACCGCCUCUUCCCCUACCGCACUCCUUCCCUCCCCCCGCCGCCGCACUUCCUUGUGCCAGGUCCCCCCCAGGUAGACCCUCUCCCCCCUCAGGGUCUUGCCCCUUCAGGUGUGUCCCAGGUAGACGCAGUUGAGCCGGUCAAGGUUGCUGGUGACUCUGGUACUGCUGCGGGUGCUGAGCCUGGGGGUGCUGACUCUGGGGGUGCUGCACGAGUGGGCGCUGAGCUUGGGGGUACUGCGCCUGGGGGUGCUGAGACUCGGUGUGCUGAGCCUGGGGGUGCUGCGACUGGGGGUGCUGAGCUUGGGGAUGCUACGGCUGGGGGUGCUGAGCCUGGGAGUCCUUCGCCUGGGGGUGCUGAGUCUGGAACUGCUGAGCCUGGGGAUGCUGGGUCUGGAGCUGCUGAGCCUGGGGGUGCGGAGCCCGCGGCCGCUGGACCUGCUCGUGUGGCGUCUGGCGGUGCUGGGCCUGGUGGUUCUCCGGGUACUUCGUCUCAGCGAGAGCCACUCUCUCCACAGGAGCUGCGCGAGUGGUUUGCCCGGCGCUGGAGCCGUCCUGCUGGAGCUGGUGCUUCUUUGGCUGCUGAGGGUGCUGGUGCCGCCGGCCUCGGAGGUCCUAGUCCUGGGAGUGCUGGAGCUGCUGGUCCUACGAGUGUUACUGGAGUCGUAGCUACUGAGGGUGUUGGCGCUGAGGCUACUGCUGUCAGUCCUGGCGGCGGUCUUGCUGCGGGUGCUGCUGGUGCUGCUGGAGGUCCUGCAGCUGGAGGUGCUGUUGGCGCUGGUGCUGCCGUUGGGGGUGCUGGUGCUGUCCCUGCUGUGUCUGGAGUCGCCGCGCGGCCUCGGCGGUACUUUGUUCUGCUUCUUCAGCAGGUUCUUGGUCUUCCUCCUCCCUUAGAGUGUCCACCGCCUGUCUUGUCACAGUCACAGUUACCGCCGUCCUCCCCACUGCCUGCUCCUUCUCCGUACACUGGUCCUACAGGAGGUCUUGCUGAGCGUCAUGAGCCUGCGUCUCGUCCUGCGUCACCUGUUCGUGCUGCUCACACUAGUGGUCGCGGUUCGCGUCAGCGUCCUCCUCCUGUCCCUGGCACGCACCGGAUGUCUCUGCGUCCGUCCACUGCUCCUCUGCGUGCCCCUUUGCCCUCUCCUCCUGAGUCCUCUCUUCCUGCGCUUGCCGCCCUCGAGGAGGACUCUCUUCGUGCUGCCAGUCCUAUUGUCACGCGUCUCCUUGCUACUGUCAUCACUGACCCCUCCUUUGAGUCCACUGCUGCGUCAGCUCUUGUUGCUGAGCUCGUCGACUUUGCUGCUCGCUGUCGUCUCGACUACGCUGCUAGUCUGGUUCCUGAGCCUGCGUCUGUCUGUCCUCCGUCCGUCGGGGGUGAGUGUGCUCUUGGCACAGACGUCCUUGAGGACAGGCAGGAGGAGUUCCAGUGUCUGGCUGCUGCUUCACCUCAUCUCGCGUCUUUACUGCUUACCCCUAAGGGAGACCCGGAUGCUCUAGACAUCCCAACUCCGCGCUCUUACGCAGAGGCUGUAGAGGGUCCCUACUCCUCUCAGUGGCAGGCAGCUAUGGAUGCAGAGAUGGCUUCCUGGAAGUCCACAGGCACCUACGUUGACGCCAUUCCCCCUCCUGGGGCGAACAUCGUCAGUGGCAUGUGGAUCUUCAGGGUGAAGCGGCCGCCGGGCUCUCCACCUGUCUUCAAUGCGCGGUACAUGGCUCGUGGCUUCAGGUAG